CUCUGCAGAAAGAAAAAUUCAUGCGUUCUAACGUCGGCUACGGUGGAGGUCAUAGACAGAUCUGACAAAACAGUAGGUGAGUGCUAAUUUAAUUCGUUAUGACCAUAUACAUGUAUCAAUAUAUAAUUAUUAAAACUCCCUAAUAGUCAGAUAUUGCUAUUGUAAUGGUGUGUGACUUGUUAUGUGGGUAAUUAUUUAGUAAACCGGGAAGGUACGCAUUGAGUAACAUGGACACGAGCGACCGAUUUGCAAGUUGAUGUCGCUGCGUGAGCAUGUAACGUUAACUUAACUACAGAUUGUCAUGAUAGUGUUUGUUACCCUGAUCUAGAGCUAUCGCUUGGCAUGACAGGUCCAGGUGUGACAUUGCGUGUUUUUAUGUUUCAAUUCACAUAGCUAGUUAAAUAUAGUCUUCAUCGUUUUUGUUGCAAGGUCUGCUUGCUUGGCUAGCUAGUUUGGCUAAUGCAGCUUUGGCAUCAUUGACAAACCAAGGCCAUCACGUCAGAAGGGAAUAACUAAGAGCUCUGGAAAAACGAACAACACGUUUAUUUGGAUAGCUUUAGUAGCUACUUACCUACAUGUAGAUGUAUUAUACCACAUACUCAAUUAUAUAAUUAAGAGCUAGAGUUUUAUCUGGUGAACUCACAUAGAAAUGAAAGUAAAUGUAUCUAUCAAUGAAUAGCUUUUUAUAGUCUUUAAUUUUUUUUCAGGGCUGCAGACAUGGCGAAACUAUUUGAAUCCAUCGGGAAGUUGGGGCUGGCACUCGCUGUUGGUGGAGGUGUUGUGAACUCAGCCCUCUUCAAUGGUGAGACAUUGACCUCUGUAAAUGGAUCAAUGGAUCUUGAUAUCAGUGGAGGCUAUGGAAACACCUGGAUGCAAUACUAGAAAUUCUGAACAACAUAUCUAAGGCUUAAAGUUGUGAAUUCCAUAAACUACCAACCUGAAUUGUCCUAAUAUUUCUUCACAUUUCAGUUGAUGCAGGUCAUCGGGCAGUUAUAUUCGACAGGUUCCGGGGAGUGCAAGAUGCCGUAGUUGGCGAGGGAACUCACUUCCUCAUUCCCUGGGUACAGAAGCCUAUCAUCUUUGACUGCCGUUCUCGUCCACGCAACGUGCCUGUCAUCACAGGCAGCAAAGGUAACUAACAUGAGUCACGAGGACCGGCACAAUAAUCUUCACACUUAGUCUUUCUCUGGUAUACUAAAAGCUUUUACCUACCUAUCUUUCUGUCGUUUCAUUUCAAGCUCUAUCCAAGAGUGUUUUCCUUUUUUUACUUCUUCAACUGUCCUCUUGUAGUUUCUUUGUAAAGUCUUAAUUCUCUCUCCCCACCCCACAGAUCUGCAGAAUGUAAACAUCACACUGCGUAUCCUCUUCCGGCCGGUGACUAGCCAGCUCCCACGCAUCUUCACCAGCAUCGGCGAGGACUACGACGAGAGGGUACUGCCAUCCAUCACCACAGAGGUCCUCAAGUCCGUGGUGGUGAGUGUUAGACUAAUGCUGCAUUUCCAUUAUAAGGUUUUACCCUGGUGUUUGGCCUAAAAACAGACUUUUGCAUUUCCACCUCUGAGGCCUUGUCCCAAAAAAAGUCUGAGUGGCAUUGGGUUGCAGUGAAGUCUAUGCUAUCCAGUGUCUUUAUGUGUAUGUAUGUAUGUAUGUAUGUACAGUGAGGGGGGGAAAAGUAUUUGAUCCCCUGCUGAUUUUGUACGUUUGCCCACUGACAGACAUGAUCAGUCUAUAAUUUUAAUGGUAGGUUUAUUUGAACAGUGAGACAGAAUAACAACAACAAAAUCCAGAAAAACGCAUGUCAAAUGUUAUAAAUUGAUUUGUAUUUUAAUGAGGGAAAUAAGUAUUUGACCCCUCUGCAAAACAUGACUUAGUACUUGGUGGCAAAACCCUUGUUGGCAAUCACAGAGGUCAGACGUUUCUUGUAGUUGGCCACCAGGUUUGCACACAUCUCAGGAGGGAUUUUGUCCCACUCCUCUUUGCAGAUCUUCUCCAAGUCAUUAAGGUUUCAAGGCUGACAUUUGGAAACUCGAACCUUCAGCUCUCUCCACAGAUUUUCUAUGGGAUUAAGGUCUGGAGACUGGCUAGGCCACUCCAGGACCUUAAUGUGCUUCUUCUUGAGCCACUCCUUUGUUGCCUUGGCCGUGUGUUUUGGGUCAUUGUCAUGCUGGAAUACCCAUCCACGACCCAUUUUCAAUGGCCUGGCUGAGGGAAGGAGGUUCUCACCCAAUAUUUGAUGGUACGUGGCCCCGUCCAUCGUCCCUUUGAUGCUGUGAAGUUGUCCUGUCCCCUUAGCAGGAAAAACACCCCCAAAGCAUAAUGUUUCCACCUCUAUGUUUGACGGUGGGGAUGGUGUUCUUGGGGUCAUAGGCAGCAUUCCUCCUUCCCCAAACACGGCGAGUUGAGUUGAUGCCAAAGAGCUCGAUUUUGGUCUCAUCUGACCACAACACUUUCACCCAGUUCUCCUCUGAAUCAUUCAGAUGUUCAUUGGCAAACUUCAGACAGGCCUGUAUAUGUGCUUUCUUGAGCAGGGGGACCUUGCGGGCGCUGCAGGAUUUCAGUCCUUCACCGCGUGGUGUGUUACCAAUUGUUUUCUUGGUGACUAUGGUCCCAGCUGCCUUGAUCAUUGACAAGAUCCUCCCGUGUAGUUCUGGGCUGAUUCCUCACCGUUCUCAUGAUCAUUGCAACUCCACGAGGUGAGAUCUUGCAUGGAGCCCCAGGCCGAGGGAGAUUGACAGUUAUUUUGUGUUUCUUCCAUUUGCGAAUAAUCGCACCAACUGUUGUCACCUUCUCACCAAGCUGCUUGGCGAUGGUCUUGUAGCCCAUUCCAGCCUUGUGUAGGUCUACAAUCCUGUCCCUGACAUCCUUGGAGAGCUCUUUGGUCUUGGCCAUGGUGGAGAGUUUGGAAUCUGAUUGAUUGCUUCUGUGGACAGGUGUCUUUUAUACAGGUAACAAGCUGAGAUUAGGAGCACUCCCUUUAAGAGUGUGCUCCUAAUCUCAGCUCGUUACCUGUAUAAAAGACACCUGGGAGCCAGAAAUCUUUCUGAUUGAGAGGGGGUCAAAUACUUAUUUCCCUCAUUAAAAUGCAAAUCAAUUUAUAACAUUUUUGACAUGCGUUUUUCUGGAUGUUGUUGUUGUUCUGUCUCUCACUGUUCAAAUAAAUUCUAGACUGAUAAUUUCUUUGUCAGUGGGCAAACAUACAAAAUCAGCAGGGGAUCAAAUACUUUUUUCCCUCACUGUAUGUAUGUGUGUGUUUUAUAUGGGUGUGUUUGUGUGUGUGCCUCACAGGCCCGGUUUGAUGCCGGUGAGCUCAUCACCCAGAGAGAGCUGGUGUCUCGGCAGGUCAGUGAUGACCUGACAGAAAGAGCCAACACCUUCGGCCUGAUCCUGGAUGACGUCUCACUGGUAAGCUGAUGUUGUUUGAAGGAAUAAUACACUCAAAACUACUAAUUCCUAUGAUUUACAAUGUUGAAUAACGCUAACAUGUGAGGACAUUAUAUUUGUGCACAAAUGUUUGAUUUUAUCGUUAUAAUAAGUAAGGAAGCGAGCGUUUUACUCUGUGGGCCUGGUCAUCACUUGUACGUGUUUUUAAUUGAAGACCUCAUGUUCCUUCUUCCACAGACACACUUGACGUUCGGUAAGGAGUUCACAGAGGCUGUUGAGAUGAAGCAGGUGGCUCAGCAGGAGGCCGAGCGGGCCAGGUUCGUUGUGGAGAAGGUAAGGAGAAAGGGUUUGAGACAUUGACAGAGAUUAAUUUUGUAAGGUGAUAAGAAUACUAGGCAUGCAUUUAAUACACUUAAAGCUGGAAGUGACCCUUAACAACCAAGUGAUUCUGACUUUGCGCACCUUUUUAUAAAGGAUGAAUAGAAGUCAACAGUGUAUUUGUUCUCUACUUCACCAGGCCGAGCAACAGAAACAGGCAGCCAUCAUCUCAGCGGAGGGUGACUCCCAGGCCGCCCUGCUUAUCGCUAACUCCCUGCAGGAGGCUGGAGACGGCCUGGUAGAGCUGCGUAAGCUCGAGGCUGCCGAGGACAUCGCCUUCCAGCUGUCCCGCUCCCGCAAUGUCACCUACCUGCCCGCCGGCCAGGGCACACUCCUCCAGCUGCCCCAGUGAGACCCACACACCCUGACCUAAUCACCCCUCCCUGUGACCAGCCAAUGCAUGGGCCAUGGAGGGGGAAGGGGGGGGGAGAGGAGAGGGUGAAGGGAUGGGGGUCCUCCACCUUCACACAAUCUCCUCUCACUUCCACUAACUAUGGACUGGUGAAAUAAUGGCGGCUUGGGAGUGUGGAAAGGUCCAUGAUAGGGUUCUGAAGUAUGGGCAGUGUGUGGGGAAGAGGAGGGAGCCUGAGGCUUGAUCUAUGGUAAACUACAUAUAGUAAGUUCUGUCAAAAAUACAAAAUUGGUGAUGCAGUAAAUUAUCUUGGAUUUGUCUGACAAAUUCAGGGCAGUGACUGUGAGGGGCUUGUGAUAUGAAGAAGUUGUAAUUAUGUUAAUUUAGGGAAAGAGCUGUUUGGAAUGUCAUGAAAAAGAUGGAACAUUUUAGCACUAUUGUAACCACCACCGCAAUCACAAUCCUGGGCAUUUAUUGAUCUGAGAGGACAAGCUAUUUAAUCAACUGCAUUUACAUUAAUCUUAGCCAAGCACAAACUUCCAUGGGUGAAUAAGAUACUGCUGCUAUACACCAAAGUAGUUUGGGAUCCAAAGCACCCUUGUUUUUCCACUCAUAACUUUAAAUUACCUCGUACAAACAAAUUAUCUGAACUAAUCUACCCAGAGCCAUAUAUUCUGAAUAUAUGACUCUGAAUCAACCCAUCCCUUUGACUGAGUCUAUUGUGCAGAGAUGGCCUGUCAAAUGUCCUCUCACAGCUGGCUUUCCUAAAAUCAUCCCAGUUUGAUUGCCAUAGAGUCCCAGCACUGCACUCCCCCUACUUGAUUGCAAGGUUGGAUCCUCUACAGAAUCAUCUUUGGUUUACUAGCACGUUGUCCACCCCACCCCAUCUAUGGUCCUCAAUGACAUGUCCCUCCUAGCCCAGUGGUAUGAAACGUGCCUGUCAGAUGGUCAUGGGUAGCAACCUUCCCUCAUUCUUUAAAGUUUGUCGCCGUGUCUUUAUUUUGGUGGGAGGAUGUGCAAGCCCCCGCAUUCCACUCAAUGUCUCAACUUAACAAUAAAAUUGUCUUAUUUCUACA